AUGGCAGACCGUAACCCAGGAGUUGAUUAUGAUGAAACAUGGUUACACAACAUUUAUAUCAACUUACCAGCAGUAAAAAGACGGGCUGACACAUUGGCUACUCGUCGAACUGUAAAGAAACAAUGGCAGGCUGCUUGGCUUCUGCGAGCUGUCACAUGCAUUGACUUGACCACCCUGUCAGGAGAUGACACUUAUUCCAAUGUAGAGAGACUCUGUUUCAAGGCCAAACACCCAAUCCAAAAUAACUUGUUGAAAGCCCUCAAUAUGCAAGACAAAGGUAUCUCUACAGCUGCUGUAUGUGUCUAUCCUAGUCGAGUGGCUGACUGUGUCAAAGCACUAAAGAAAGCAAGAGCCAUGCAUAUACCAAUUGCAUCAGUGGCUACGGGCUUCCCUGCUGGUCAGAGUCCUUUGAAGACUCGUCUGGAAGAAAUUCGUUGUGCAGUGGCAGAUGGGGCUACAGAAAUUGACAUUGUCAUCAAUCGUCAAUUUGCUCUUUCUGGAAACUGGGAAGGUGUCUAUGACGAAGUGAAACAAAUGAGGGAAGCUUGUGGUGAUGCUCACCUGAAAGCCAUUCUGGCUGUUGGGGAACUAGGAUCUAUGGUCAAUGUGUACAAGGCUUCAUUAAUCUGUAUGAUGGCAGGGUCAGAUUUCAUCAAAACUUCCACCGGCAAAGAAGGAGUGAAUGCUACUCUACCUGUUGGUCUGAUCAUGUGUAGAGCCAUACGAGAUUAUUAUGAAAGAACCAAGUAUAAGGUUGGCUUCAAGGCUGCUGGGGGAAUCCGUUCUGCUAAGGAUGCUUGCACUUGGUUGUCUCUGAUGAAAGAAGAGCUAGGAGACGAAUGGACAAAACCUGCUCUCUUCCGUUUGGGAGCCAGCUCUCUUUUGGGAGACAUUGAGCGACAAAUCUUCCAUCAUGUCACUGGACAUUAUGCUUCUGGGCAAGAGCUGCCUUUGGCUUAA